GAAGUAUUUAUGUACGCCUUACUGAGUUAAAGGGAACCAAAAUGGCCGGAAAUGUAAGACAACAGCUCUCACAACUUGCUAGUUUAUCACAUUCUGGUGGAUCACACAGAGAUGUUACAGAAAAGUACAAGGGAAUAUUGGAAACCAUUUUGAAGACAGGAGGCAGUGAAAUGCUGCCAAGCUUGCAAGCUUUUGUGGAAGCAUUGGUGAAUGAGAACGUGAGCUUGGUGAUUUCUCGUCAGCUGUUGUCCGAUUUCUGUGCUCACCUGCCCAAUCUAGACGACUCAGUGGCAAAACAAGUCGCCCAUUUCACUCUGGAAAAAGUUCACACAAGAGUUAUUUCUUUUGAGGAACAGGUAGCUGCAAUCAGACAACAUUUAGCUGACAUUUAUGAGAGACAGUCCAUGUGGCGAGAGGCUGCUAAUGUCUUGGUGGGAAUUCCCCUGGAAACCGGACAGAAGCAGUAUCCGACAGACUACAAACUAGAGACCUAUCUAAAGAUUGCUCGUCUGUAUUUGGAGGAGGAUCCAGUACAGGCAGAAGCCUACAUCAACAGAGCAUCUCUAUUACAAGCCGACUCUAAAAACGAGGAGCUUCAGAUACACUACAAGGCAUGCUAUGCACGGGUUCUAGACUACAGAAGAAAAUUUAUUGAGGCUGCACAAAGAUACAAUGAACUUUCUUACAAAACUAUAGUAGCAGAAGAGGAGAGAAUGCAGGCCCUGAAGAAUGCCCUCAUCUGUACAGUUCUAGCCUCGGCAGGACAACAAAGAUCCAGAAUGUUGGCAACACUUUUCAAAGAUGAACGUUGUACUCAAUUACCUGCAUAUAACAUUCUGGAGAAAAUGUAUCUAGAUAGAAUUAUUCGUAGCAGUGACUUACAGGAAUUUGCAGCACUGCUUCGGCCUCACCAAAAAGCCGUGACAGCUGAUGGUUCCAGCAUACUGGACAGGGCAGCGAUAGAACACAACCUUCUGUCAGCGAGUAAGCUCUACAACAACAUUUCCUUCGCAGAACUCGGAUCCCUUCUAGAAAUUCCACCUUCAAAGGCAGAGAAGAUAGCUUCUCAAAUGAUCACAGAAGGACGCAUGCAUGGCUGUAUAGAUCAAAUUGAUUCUAUUGUGCAUUUUGAAGCAAGAGAAGCUUUACCCACAUGGGAUAAACAAAUUCAGAGUCUGUGUUUCCAAGUGAAUCAGAUAAUUGAGAAGGUGUCUCAGUCGGCGCCUGAUUGGAUGAUGAAGACCACAGAAACUCAGAUGGCGGAGGGCCAGUGAAGACUGUAUGUAACACCAAGAAUGGAAAACAGCUGAGACUGAAUGUGCUGAAAUAGGCACCACUGUUAGAGAGAAUUGGGGGAUAGAGUACUGUGUAAGAUCAAUGUGGAGAAAAGAAGAAUGGAAAAUUAUAUCAAUAAUGUCUCACAUGACAAAUGUUUCAAAGGAUAGAUGUUUAUUAUGUUGUAAAAUAUAAAAACAAGUACUGAAGACAAAAAACUUUAUUCAUAAUUUAUGUACAUUUAUCAAUUUUAAAAAGACUGAAAUGACAUGUAGUGUACAUGCAAGAAAUUAUUACUGGUAAAAUGAAUAUGAGUUCCAUGAG